AUGUACACACUUUCAGUGCCGGAAAUUGUAGACAUUACAGGCGAUAACCAAAGCGCAGAAUCAUUAAUAACAGCACAAGCACAACAAAUCUAUUGUCAACGAGCAUUUUCUGAUGAGUUUCAUCAGUUCACAGAAAUUUGUAUGGAAAAGCGACCAGCAAACCGAUGGUCUGCGCUGCAAUUAUUGAAUCACUCUUUCUUUAAGCACUGUCGUCACACGAGCAUUUUGGAUCAAUUGAAGCGUUUUGGUAUGGAGGUAACUGACUAUGAUGGUCUAAGAGAUCACAGCUUAGCUGCUUCACAUGAUAUGAGCGAAUUAAGCUUGAAACACGAUUGGAGCUGGGAUUUUUAGACAAACUACUUACCAAAUACGAUCGCACAAAUAUAUAAACUAAAACAAUGCGUUGCGUGCGAGUAAAACGGAGGAAGCCUUUCCAAAGUCACUUAUAACAUUAAGUUUAUUUUGAUAAUAAAGCCUUUAAAUCAGUACAUAAAAUAUUUUUAUUUGGC